GUUGCCGCUUUGCCUUUGCCAGUUGAUUUGUUGGCGCGCUGUGUGUAGGACGUUGUAUUCCCUCGGAACCCUAUUUUCACUUCAAAGACCACGUAAUCUCUGAAAGAUGUCAAAGAAGAGUAAUCUGGAGGCAGCUAUGAGCAGCAGCACCUCAAAGGCAUCGGAGUCAACUCCGCUGAUAACUAAAACGAAUGACAAUGGUGAAGAGAUUCAAAAAGGCGGCAAAGGGCUGUCGGUAAACCAGGCGGCGCUGCUGGUGGCCGGUGAGAUGGCUGGUAGUGGAGUGCUGGCGCUACCCCGAGCUCUCGUCAAGACUGGUUGGAUCGGUGUCCCAAUAAUCAUCUUGAUGGCGGCAAUGGCCGCGUUCAGUGGCCGUCGUCUAGGCGACUGCUGGUCCAUCAUCGAGGGUCGGGAUCCUGAGAUGAGGAGCAGGAAGAGGAACCCGUACGCCAUCAUCGCUGAUCAGGCUUUGGGAAAGACAUGGAGUGCGGCGGUGUCUCUUGCGAUCAUCGUGUCGUUGUUUGGAGCGGCCGUCGUAUACUUGUUACUGGCUGCUCAGAUAAUAGAGGCGUUGGUGCUGCCUUUGGUGCCCACCGUCACCUUCUGCAUCUGGUAUAUGAUUGUAGCAGGCGCAAUGACACCCCUCAUGCUCUUUGCAACACCUAAAGAUUUCUCAUUCAUGGGAGUGAUAGCGUUUAUAUCGACUAUAGUGGCUUGCGUGCUCUAUUUCAUUCAAAUGAUGAACGAUAUCAAACCAUUCGUGUUCCGCUGGGGUAUCCAUGGCUUCCAAGACUUCUUCCUCGCUUUUGGUACCAUCAUGUUUGCAUUUGGAGGGGCAUCUACUUUCCCAACUAUCCAGAACGAUAUGAUUGACAAAUCUAAAUUCGGCAAAAGUGUUCACUACAGUUUCAUAGCUAUCCUUGCAUUGUACCUGCCUAUAGCUAUCGGAGGCUACGCCGUUUACGGUGAAUCAGUUGCGCCCAACAUUACCGGGUCUUUAACCGCCACUCCUUUGACCCUUGUUGGUAACAUCUUCAUGGCUGUCCAUCUGCUUUCUGCCUUCAUCAUUAUAAUAAACCCUGUUUGUCAAGAAAUGGAGGAAUUGUACAACAUUCCUAGAGAUUCUCUCGGAUACCGCACGCUUGUCCGUGUAUCCAUAAUGGCGGCGAUCAUGUUCAUCGGUGAAAGCGUGCCACGGUUCUACACCAUACUGGCGCUAGUGGGGGGAACAACUGUCGCUCUCUUGACAUUCAUUCUGCCCCCUUACUGCUACCUGAACCUCACCAGCCAGCCCCCGAGGCAAGGAGAGGUGACUUCUGAGGCACCUGGAUGGAUGAAGUUAAUUUGCUGGGAAAUAAUAGUGAUGGGCGUAGUAGGGGGCGCUGCGGCUACUUUCUCCGCCGUGAGCGCCAUCUUCAGCACUGCGCAGGCAACUCCCUGCUAUUUGAAAUAAGUUUUGUUAUUUUUCAUUUGGCCUUACAAAGCCAAAUGACAGUAGGACACGCGGCUUGUGCAUUAUAAGGUCCUCUGACCAAAUAAUAUUUUUAGUGCUUACAUCUAAGUUCGGCCGCACAGUUAAAAGUUUAAUCAUAUUUUUUCUUUAACUCUUUCUUAGAGUACAAUUCGAAUUAUUUUGAUUAUUAUGUAGCAUUUAUUAUUAUUGAUGUAAUAAAGGUAGUUUUCGAAAA